GCACUUCGACUCUCAGCUCCUGUGAAAACUGUGUGUGUGUGUGAACUCUCUCUCUCUCUCUCUCUCUCUCCCUGUGUGUGUGAACUCGUGGCGUGUGUGUGUUAAGAGCAGUUGUGUGUGUGUAUAGGGGUGUGUGUUUUUCUAAGUGGAGCUGGAGUGGAGCUGCUGAUCAGACGGGAACGCUCAGAUCUCAGUGCUCUGCUUCAGUCUGUGGACGUUUUCUGCUUCAGGCUCGUCUCUGGAUUUACUGAAGACUUUCCACAGGAACUUCUACCUGCCACCAACUUCAUGUUGUUUCUGCUUCUGAUCGAUGGAGUUUAAGAUUCAGGAUCAGCUGUUUCCACCUGGUGCAGUGAGAAUGUGUCGGAGCUCAGUGAGUGUGUUGAGGAGAGUUACAGCUGUCUUCCCUCUAAGUCUGUAACACGUUUCAUUUUUAUUACAAUGGAGAAAACUAUGAGAGGAUAAACAGCAGGACUGUAACUAUGGAAACGGUCGGUGUCGUCUCAGGUGGCUGCUGCUCCCGACCAGGAAUGUUCUGAACUCUUUUGGAUUUUGGUUUCCCUGGAAACAGAUGGACAGGUGUGUGUUCCUGUGUGUGACGUUUCUGUCCCGUGGAGAGAGUGAAACUCAUCGUGGACCCACUGGCCCAACUCUGAAGAAGUAACAGUGAUUAUUAAGACUAAUUAAGACAAACUAAGACUGACGCUCUGGUGAAGCAGACAACAGGAGGAUUGAGCUGAAACAACCAAACCAGUCCAGUCCAGUCCAGUCCAGUCCAGGGACAGAGACAGGUGGACCAGUCUAACAGACAGACUGAACCAGGAUUACAAUAUUAAGUCACUGGUUGUUGAUGGUGAGAAUCCAACACAGAAAGAAAAACACACAGAUUCAAUUCACAGACUUUUCAAAUUGAAGGAAAAGAGUUUGUUUCACUCGUGUCAAGAUGAUGACCAUGAUGAUGAUGAUGGUGGCCAUGAUGGUCACCUGCAGCUCUCUGCUCCUGCUGGGUCUGGCCGCCGCCCACGCGUCCUCCAGCACCAUGACCCGCACCUCCUCUUCAUCUUCAUCCUCCUCCUCCUCCUCCUCCUCCUCCUCUUCUUCCUCUUCCUCCUCCUCUCCACGCAUGAAGCUGUCAUAUAAAGAGCUGCAGCAGUUCCAUGGCGUCCGUCGGUUCGAGCUGGAGCGCUCCUGCUGCUUCAGCGCUCUGCUGUUGGAUGAAGAAAGAGGCCGUCUCUUCGUCGGGGCCAAGAACUUCCUGCUGUCACUCUCAUUGGACAACAUUGCUAAACAGGAGCACAAGAUCUACUGGCCGGCCCCCGUCGACUGGAGGGAGGAGUGUAACUGGGCUGGAAAAGACAUCACAUCUGACUGUGUGAACUACGUGAAGAUCGUACACCACUAUAAUCGCACCCACCUGUACGCCUGUGGAACCGGGGCCUUCCACCCGACCUGUGCAUUCGUAGAGGUGGGACACAGGAUGGAGGACCAUGUGUUCAGGAUCGACCCGUCUAAGGUGGAAGAUGGGAAAGGGAAGAGUCCAUACGAUCCUCGUCACAACGCUGCCUCAGUGCUCGUCGGUGAUGAGCUGUAUGCAGGUGUGGCCACAGAUUUAAUGGGGCGUGACUUCACCAUCUUCAGAAGUCUGGGGAAACGCCCCUCCAUUCGCACCGAGCAGCACGACUCACGCUGGCUCAAUGAACCAAAGUUUGUUGGUUCCUUCUGGGUCCCGGAGAGUGAAAACCCUGACGAUGACAAGAUCUUCUUCUUCUUCCGUGAGACGGCGGUUGAGGCCCAGGGACUUGGAAAGUCCACGUACUCCCGCAUCGGACAGCUCUGCAGGAAUGACAUGGGAGGUCAGCGGAGUCUGGUGAACAAGUGGACCACGUUCCUCAAGACCCGUCUGAUCUGCUCGGUACCAGGAGCCGACGGCAGCGACACGUACUUUGAUGAGCUGCGCGAUGUGUUCCUGCUGCAGACGAGGGACAGGAAGAAUCCUCUGGUGUACACUGUCUUCUCUACGUCCAGCAGUGUAUUUAAAGGCUCAGCUGUGUGUCUCUACUCCAUGAAUGACAUCCGGAGGGCCUUCCUGGGGCCCUUUGCUCACAAAGAGGGGCCCAACUACCAGUGGGUCCCCUUCCAGGGAAAAGUCCCCUACCCCCGCCCAGGAAUGUGUCCCAGUAAGACGUUUGGCAGCUUCGACUCUACCAAGGGUUUCCCGGAUGAUGUGAUCCAGUUCGCCCGUCACCACCCUCUCAUGUACAACCCGGUUUAUCCGAUGAGCCGGCGGCCCGUCUUCGUCAGGACUAACGUGGACUACAGCUUCACUCAGAUCGCUGUGGACAGAGUCAGCGCCGCCGACGGACAGUAUGACGUCAUGUUCAUAGGAACAGACAAAGGGACGGUCCUCAAGGUGAUCAAUGUCCCCAAGGAAAGCUGGAACAACAUGGAGGAGCUUCUGCUGGAAGAGCUGGAGGUCUUCAAAGAUGCGUCAUCCAUCAUCAACAUGCAGAUCUCAUCAAAACGGCAACAGCUGUACGUGGGCUCUGACACCGGCCUGGCGCAGGUUCCUCUCCACCGCUGCAGCGUGUACGGGAAGGCCUGCGCCGAGUGCUGCCUGGCCAGAGACCCGUACUGCGCCUGGGAUGGAACAUCCUGUACUCGCUACCUGCCCAACACCAAGAGACGUUUCCGUCGACAGGACGUGAGGAAUGGAGACCCCAACACUCUCUGCUCUGGAGACCACCACAAGCACCGCGUGGCAGAGAGGAAGCUGUAUGGAGUUGAGGGAAGCAGCACUUUCCUGGAGUGUAUCCCCAAAUCCCUUCAGGCCAGAGUCACCUGGACCUUCCAGAAACAUCCUCAGAACCCCCGAGAAGAGGUGCGUCUGGACGACCGCAUCCUCCAGACCGACAGAGGCCUUCUCAUUCGCAGAGUCCUGAAGAGAGAUAUCGGCCUCUACCAGUGCCACGCCAUGGAGCACGGCUUCACCCAGACCUUACUCGGCAUCACCUUGGAGGUUGUACCUUCAACGUCCUCCUCAGUCUCCAACCUUCCCUCUGAUGCCCCUGUCCGGUUAGACCCCCGCAGCGGAGGUGGGCCCCCGAUGACCAAUCAGAAGCUUUGGUACCGGGACUUCAUGCAGCUGGUGGACCAUCCCAACCUGAGCACCGUCGACCAGAUUUGUGAGCAAGUGUGGGCACGCAAGAACGCCGGCAGUGACGCGGCGGACAAGGUGUUUCCCGCUCCAGGGAAGGACGUGCCGCCUCUGGGCCCCGCCAUCCGCCCAGCCAACAAGAAGUGGAAGCAUCUUCAGGAGAUCAGGAAGGGGAGAAACCGCCGGACCCACGACGGGAAACCGAACCCCCGCGCUCCUCGCAGCGCCGGAGAGUAACGGCACGGAGAAAGAUGGAGGGAGGAAAGAACUGAUACAGGAAGAGAGGAGGAGAACGACAGAAAGAGACUGAGACCAAGAACUCCUGGAGGUGUCCACACACACACACACACACACACACAACACACACACACACACACACACACACACACACACACAGCCACAGCACGUCCUCUAUUGUGUAUAUUUAUCUAUGGAUGCCCCCACUAUAUGGUAACCCCCCUGCAUGUGCUGCCUUACUGCACGAUCCCUUUACACUGGUCACUAGUAUAGUUGAGUGUUGACGCAGGUGUGUGGGAGUGACCCACCUUUACCUGUGGGCAGUGAACUCACCUGUCAUUCCCUUUGCCACUGACUGUACAGGAAGCACAGGACAAGCAGCUGACGUCUGUCUCUACAUGAUGUUGACAUGUGGACACAUGAUAUUAGUAUGUGGACAGCUGGUCCAGGACAGUGAGAACAGACUGUCUGCGUCUCUCACCUGAAGAUUUCACACCAAUGUAGAAACAUGGACUGGAGUGAACGAGUGGAGCGACGUGACAACUGGAACAUACUGGUCUCUAACUGGAAACACACUUCACUAUUUAUAUGCAACUGCACACGCAUGCAGACAGAUACACGUUUUAAACAUGAUUUAAAUUGAUCAACUUCCUGUGGUGCACAUAUUUCCAUUCACCUCACUUCACCUGUGUGUGUAUCACAUGAUGCAGUCACAGAUCAGCUGGUUCUAUGAUUCAGCAGGUUUCCUCAGACACACUGAGGCAUGUUAAAAUCAAAUCACAACAUAGUGCAGUCAUGGUCAGAGAGCCAGAUAUGAUUAUAAUAUUUUACUGGUCCAAACCACUAGAGAAUGACGGGCGCAAAAACUACUGUCACUCCACGAUGUGAGAGAAAGAUGUUUACAGACAAGUCAGUCUGUAAAAGUCCAUGAGACCUGGAUUACAUCUAAACUAAUGUUAAUUAGCUUUAAAUGUUAUGACAUGAUUCAAAACCUCACUAUCAAAUUCACUAUUUAUUGGUUUGAUUUGACUGUGUUCAGUGUUUUGUGCAUUAACAUUAAGGAGAAAUCAUGAACAUGGUGGUUUGGGUGGGAGGCUUAAUAAUAAUAAUCAUAAUAAUCAUAAUAAUAAUAAUAAUAAUGAUGAUGAUGAUGUGAUGGGGAGGAUAAGUUUGAUAACCCAUCUCUCUGGGUACACUUUAUAUAUUAGCAUGAUAUUUAUGAGUUUUUUUGUAUUCAGUGGUUCUUCUUAUUCCUUCUCUUUUACACUGUUGUUGCAUAAUGUUGUUUGUGAUAAAUACAUAUAUGCAGAUAUUAUGACACGACAGAGGCUCCUCAUUCAGCACAGAACAAUGUAAAGAAAGCUGUUCUUCUACCCACAAUGCAUUUUACUGUUGGCAAAAAAAGAACUUCCAUCUGACUGUUGUGGUCACUUGUCAUUGUAGUGUUAGUCAUUACUCAUCGACUUUUGCUGCUUAACGAUGUCAUCUCUUCCUAACGACGGUUCUUCCUUCUCUCUCUGUGUAUUACUUGUAAAGGAACAGUUUGUUGGUUGUCCGUGUUAACAUGGUGUGUGUAGCCUGCCCCCUAGUGUCCAUUGUGUGUACAGGCUCAGACGAAGAGCCUACCUGUGGUACCAUACUUUAUUAUAUCAUAGUCUAUCAACCUGAAAGAAAGAAACUGGCCUUGUAAGAUAAAAAUGCGUUUAGGGUUUACAUUCAUUUUGAUUUUUACGAUGGAAAAAUGAUCUAAUUUGUGCUGCUGCCAGAAACUUCUCAAAGGCUUUAAAAGAUUUCCAGUUCACUCAGACAAAAUGUAUUUUUGUAACAGUAUUCUUCUACAUUUGGCUUUGGUGAGUUCACACAGAGAACUGAGUCCAGAAACUGGCCCUCGGAUCAAAACCAGGUCCUGGUCGCAGGAGGACCAGGAGGCAGCACAAACUGGGUCUGUGAGUGGGUUUUAGAUGUGUGGAGUCGUUGUUGUUAUUUAUAUACCUUCUUUAUAGACAUGUAAUUAACUCUUUAAACUGAACUGACUGAUGCCUGUAAAAGGGACACUCUGCAUUCUGACGCCACAUUCAGGUACAGAGGAAAAAAACAGAAUCAAGUUUUUAAUUUUUUUCAAGAGUUUAAUUGUAGGAAGAUGUUGUUGGUCUGUGCUUGCUCCAGUUCCUGCAUUUAAACCACACAACCACUAAUUCACUGAAUGGAGAUUCUUCCUUUAAAGAGACAUUGGUAGUGAUGUCAGACAUGACCGAGUCUCCCUUUUCAGACAGCUGUUUUGUGCUCUUUUGAAAUUGCAUGACCGAUGUUAGUGACUGACGCGUUGGACAAUGGUGUGGUGGCGAGAAAGAGCGAGAGAAAGAAAGCACAAUGUUGAAUAUUAUUAUUAUGUAUUUAUGUGCAAAGAUAAGCUGAUAUGUUGUGGUGGAUUUUUAUUUUUCUUACAUCUGUAUCAUUCAUGUUCUGCUGAAAAGGACUCAUUCUCAACAUUUUUGUACCUUACAGCCAAUGGGGAAACUUCCUGAACACAGUGUCCAAUCAGAGUCUUUGUAGUUCACAUAGCCCUCCAAUCAACACUCCUGUUGUAUCCCAUGCCAUGUGACGCACCCCUGUGUGACAGCUCAAAGGAGAGGUGUUAGUGUGUGUGUGUGUUGUGAGUGAGUGAGUGAGUGAGUGAGUGAGUGAGUGAGUGAGUGAGUGAGUGAGUGAAUGAGUGAGUGAGUGAGUGAGUGAGUGAGUGAGUGAGGGUUUAGGGGGAAAGCAGAGCUCUGUAUAUAAUGGCACAGGAACAGUGGUGUGUGCAUGCUUCGAGCGGCUGAAGUUAACGUGGUGCACUGUAAUUCUCCCAGAGGUCUUUGUGAAAUGUCAUGUCAGAUUGUUUUUGAUUAACACAAUAAAAAUAUGCAGUUACU